AUGGCCGCCAACCCAGGAGAGGAUCCUACUACCCGCGCGGAGAUUGAGCAGCUUCGUGAUGCCGGAGAUCAUGCCGAACUACAGCUGCGCCUGCACAAAAGAAUCCAGUUUGGAACCGCUGGUCUUCGGGGUCGCAUGGCAGCCGGCUUCUCGUGCAUGAAUGCGUUGACGGUCAUUCAGGCGUCGCAGGGCUUGGCUAUGUACCUGAAGAACAAGCAUGGCGACAUUGCAUCCUACGGGGUCGUCAUUGGCCACGAUGCCCGCUACAAUUCCGCCAAGUUCGCUGCCUUGGCCGCAAACGCGUUCAUCGCACAGAGAAUCCCUGUCUGGUUCUACUCCGAGCCCUCGGUUACUCCAACGGUGCCUUUUGGUGUAACCCAGUUGCAUGCCGCCGCAGGCAUCAUGGUUACGGCAAGCCAUAAUCCAGCGCAAGAUAACGGUUGCUAUUUCAAAAACGGCGCCCAGAUCAACUCCCCCAUGGAUACGGAGAUCGCAAAGUCAAUUGAGGAGAACGCGGUGCCAUGGCCAAACGCGUGGAAAGACCCCCAGCCGGGAGAGUACCUGCGCGCGCAGGCCUACGACAAUCUCCUGCUGCAUUACAACACGGCCGUCUGGCAGUAUGCGACCUACACGGUCCGAGAAUGGAAGCAACCACAGCCCUUUGUGUACACCCCGCUGCACGGUGUUGGAGGUUUAGUAUUCCCCGGCCUAUGCCGUUCCGUUGGUAUCAAAGAUUUUACGGUUGUCCCAGAGCAGGAGCAUCCUGAUCCCGACUUCCCCACCGUCGCCUUUCCCAACCCCGAGGAGGCCGGAGCGCUGGAUCUUGCUAUGAAGACCGCAGAUAGGGAAGGCAAAAACCUGAUUGUGGCGCAUGAUCCCGACGCGGAUCGUUUUGCAGCUGCCGAAAAGGUCGACGGCUCGUGGUUUAUCUUCACCGGAAACCAUCUCGGCGUCCUCCUGGCAUCGCACCUUUUUGAUUCCCUCGAGACCAUCGACAGCGAUACCCGCAUUGCGGUGUUGAACUCCGCCGUUUCCACCAGCAUGUUGGAGAAGAUGGCUGUCGCGAAGGGCAUGCAUUACGAGGAAGCCCUCACUGGAUUCAAGUGGAUGGGCAACAUCGCUCGAAAGCUGGAAGAGCUGGGUUACUACGUCCCGUUCGCGUUCGAGGAAGCUCUCGGAUACAUGUUCCCGGAAGUGUGCUAUGACAAGGAUGGCAUUUCCGCCGCCAUGGUGUUCUUGCUCGCCGAGGCCAAGUGGAAGGCACAGGGUCUGACCCCUUAUAUGAAGCUCCAGCAGCUCUUCAAGGAACAUGGACAUCACGAGACCCUCAACACCUACCUUCGGUCGCCGGACGCCGAUAUCUCAAUGAGCCUGUUCCGAGCGAUCCGGGAGGGACCGUUUGGCGCCGGGAAGUCAUUCGGUUCCUUCAAGAUCUUGAGAUGGCGAGAUCUGACCGAGUUCUAUGACUCCGGAACGAAAGACCAUAAGCCGACCCUUCCGGCUGACAAGAGCAGCCAGAUGCUGACCCUGUGGCUGGAUCGGGGGGUGCGAUUCACUAUCCGUGCCUCAGGGACAGAGCCCAAGGUCAAGGUCUACAUUGAAAGCAGUGGAUCUUCGCGAGACCAAGCCGUGGCAGCCGUCCACGACACGUUCCUAACCGUCCUCAAAGAAUGGGUCCGACCGUUCGCUUCCCCCAUGACCUGGAACGAACAACAGACGACAUCCUCCGGCCAUGUCUUCAAGGUGGACUGAGCAGCACGUAAGAAGUAUUACCCUGCUGCAUUGAUUGGCGAGAGUGCUUGGAGCGAACUUUUGAUUCCAUGAAUGACCAUAGAACACAGGGGAUGGGGACCUCGACUCCACCCUGUGUUGUCAUUACAGCAAAGACUUGCAUGCAUGAAUACGACGCAAUGAACCCACCAUGACAUUUCCGGCCUGUAGCUUCGAUUAAGGCUGUAGUCGGCCAUGAACCAACCUGUCUCCUCUGCGGUAGGUCUAACAUCGAGCACGGAUUCGGUGGACGGUGUUGAGCCUUCUUUCACUGCCCGUAGGCCUGUGGUCGUGUUGAUCCUCGUCUUUGUUUGGGCCUUCGUGUAGAUUUUUUCAGUUUUUUUUUUUUUGGCUUCUUUCGAGCGCUUAUAAGAUGGUGAUC